ACAAUUUAGUGGGAAAACACAUGACAGUAACGCCGUGUGGAGGGAAGGCGGACGGACGCAGUGGGACAGAGGCAGGACGACACGCCACGGGUCGAGGCAGAGCCGAGCUGCGAGCGGAGGCAAGAUCUGUGUGGAGAUAUUUGGAGUUGGAGGAGGACACUGGCACUUGUGUGAUCCCAGGAGGAAAAUAAUACCUUCACUCUCAGAGCACACUCCAAACACAUACACAGCCUCAAACACUUACACAUUUCAGCAGACUCAUUAUCACACACACACCGAGGCACCAGAGCAGAUAUGAGUGAAGAUAAACCAGCCGAUAAUGUGGAAACUGCCCCCGCUGAGGUGAACGCCAUUCCUAAUGGGAAAGGCCAUGAGCCCGGGGAGGAGAUAACAGCAUCGGCCAAAACACCACCUGCAGAGGCCGGUGAAAAGGAAACUGUACCCAAUAGUGCCCAUGAUGCUAGUCCCCACAGAACUGAGAAUGCAGAGGCCAACCUCCCAGAGGGCCAGGAGUUCAUAUCAGGCAUGGACGACAAGAAGACCACUCGCUUCACAGAUUUUGAGGGGAAGACCUCGUUUGGGAUGUCCGUCUUCAACCUGGGCAAUGCAAUCAUGGGAAGUGGAAUCCUAGGACUGGCAUACGCCAUGGCCAACACAGGGGUCGUCCUGUUUUUGAUACUCCUAACAGUGGUGGCAGUCCUCUCGUCAUACUCCAUCCAUUUGCUGCUAAAGUCAUCUGGUAUUGUAGGUAUUCGUGCGUAUGAGCAGCUCGGCUUCAGGGCCUUUGGGACCCCGGGGAAGAUGGCAGCAGGUAUUGCCAUCACACUGCAGAACAUUGGAGCCAUGUCCAGUUACCUGUACAUAGUCAAGUAUGAGUUUCCUUUGGUCAUCCAGGCCUUUCUGAAGGUGGAUAAACCUGCAGGUGAAUGGUACCUGAACGGGAACUACCUCGUGAUCAUUGUUUCUAUUGCAGUGAUAUUACCACUGGCUCUCAUGAAACAGCUGGGGUACCUGGGAUACACCAGUGGUUUCUCCCUGAGCUGCAUGGUUUUCUUCCUCGUUUCGGUCAUCUACAAGAAGUUCAAUACCCCUUGUCCGUUUAUGGACUUUGCAUUGAAUGGCACUGCCACUGGGCUGAAUGUCAGUGCCACAGAUCCCGGUGGGGAGCCUGAUCCUGCCUGUAUUCCCAAAAUGGCCAACCUCAACUCACAAACGGCCUACACCAUCCCCAUCCUGGCGUUCGCCUUUGUGUGCCACCCCGAGGUCCUGCCCAUCUACACAGAGCUGCGCAAUCCCACCAAGAAAAAGAUGCAGCAUGUGUCCAACAUCUCCAUUGCAGUCAUGUACUGCAUGUACUUCCUGGCUGCCCUUUUUGGAUACCUAACUUUCUAUGGUGAAGUGGAAGCCGAGCUGCUUCACACCUACAGCCGCAUUGAUCCGUAUGACACUUUGAUUUUGUGCGUGCGUGUGGCUGUGCUCACUGCUGUCACACUCACUGUACCCAUUGUGCUCUUUCCUGUACGGAGAGCGAUCCAGCAAAUGAUGUUUCCAAACAAGACCUUCAACUGGCCCCGUCACAUCGCCAUUGCCAUCGUUCUGCUCACUUCCAUCAACCUGCUGGUCAUCUUUGCCCCCAACAUCCUGGGCAUCUUUGGGGUCAUUGGUGCCACAUCUGCCCCUUGUCUCAUCUUCAUAUUCCCUGCUGUCUUCUACAUCCGUAUUGUACCCAAAGAAGAGGAGCCAAUGAACUCAUUCCCCAAAAUCCUGGCCGCCUGUUUUGCCGGAAUAGGCUUCCUGUUUAUGGUAAUGAGCCUCAGCUUUAUCAUCAUUGAUUGGACAUCGGGCACCAGCAAAGCUGCAAGUGGUCACUAGGUGCCACCUUCCAUUUUCUUUUUUCAGGUUUUAUAUUGUUGAUUUAGAUCUGUGUUGUAAUGUUACAGUUUUUACUUUGAACGAUGUUUGAUGUUGAAGAUGCCCCAUCGUUUCCAUCACAGAAUAUUGGUCACAGAGACGGAGUCUAGAGUCCAGGAUGGCUCUCGAUUUCUCCGCAAAAGCUCUCACUCUAAUGACAUUACACUGUACAGUACAUCCUGCCAAACAGUGACUGCAGAUCCAGGCCAGUAGACUUUCCUGGAAAGUCGAUAGCUGAAUUUACAAAAUAGGUCAGGUGCAUAAAGAUUAAUGUUGACAUGUGGAGGCUGUGCCUUGUGAGAUGGAUGUAAAAAAACAGAUAAGUAACAAUAUAGAAAGCUGCUGUCUUUAUACCCCUGUCCUUGCCGUCCCUGCCUUGUCCCUGAAAUGAUCUCUUAUCUGCAAACUGUUACUUAGAUAAUAACACACAAUCUGAGGCACCAUCCUUUUAACUGUUGAAUGACAAAAAUCUAUUGAAUGAUAGAAAAUAUUUUAUCAUUAUUUUUAUGUCUAUUAUUAUAUUCUAAGUUAUUUAAAUAACUACAUAUUUGCCACUCCUCUGCAGCCACAGAGUAAAGUAAUAGUAAAAGCUAUUGCAUAGAAAGAAAGAUAAGGAAUAGUUCAACAUUUUCAGGACAUACACUUACCCAUGUUCUUGCAGAGAGGAUUGGUGCCAAUUGUCUCUCCUGAAUACGAAGUAACAGCCAGCAGCUGGUUAGCUUAGCUUAGCAUGAACACCGGAAAAUGUCUAACUGUUUUAAUAAAGAGUGCAGCCUUUUUCUCCUACUCCACUAAUGCGCCCUGCUGCAUAUUUUUUUAAGGUCUGGAUGUGUUAGCAUUCCCACCUCUGACAGAGCAGGGUGCAAAACCACAAAGAGUAUGUGGUACAGUGUUGUGAGCACAUUUAUCAUUACAUUUCUACCCGAUAUGAUCUAGAUGUAUAUUUUUUAUUAUUAAUCUCUACUUGAUGAAAAACCUCAGAAAAUGCAGUAGGGACUGACGACAUGGUCCUCAGUUCGGUGUCAGUGUUCUUAAUGGUCGAGCAGGGAUGAUUUUUACCUGGAUGUGUUGUUUCUGAAGAUUUACUGGAAGUAAUCAGAGAUAACCAAAACAAAAACAAACAACAGGGUCACUUCUAGGCUUGGGCGGUAUUAAAGUAUUACAGUAUACUAGGGUAUAGGGAAGUCUUAAAGGUAUGGUUUUUAAUACCAUCAAAAGUACAAAUGCUCCUCUUUGUAGUAAACUCAUACGGAAAUGCUGUAUUGAGACAAUGUAUUGUAGUGCACAGCAUGCUCCACCAGAGGUCAGUAUCUGCUGGUGGAACAGGCAGCUUAGCUAAGAAAGAUGGUGACUGUGAGUGGUGGGGAUAACAAUACAGGACUACACAAAAAGAUAAAUGCCUCUGCCCCUGUUAGGGAGUUUUGCUAGCCUGAGUGUCAGACUGAAGCUCCCAGAACCUUCAGUCUGACAUGGCUUCCAUUGAAGGCGAUUUACAAGGGGGAGGGAAUUUGAUUUUUCCCUAACCAAUCAGUAGAGAUCAACGACUCACCCAGAAUCUGACGUCAUUAGUAUCCAUGCCUCGGGGGUGCCGAAAACAAGCGAGCAUUGCCCGUUUAAAAUGUCUCCGUCGUCGUGCACGCCCAGCUGCAUCGCCGUUAAAUCCAGUUUAGCAGCUUCCUUAAUUUGGUCCUCCAUUAACGCGAGUAGUGGCGAAAUACCUCGAUAGCAUCGUUAAUGUGGUCUGUAGGAUCUGUAGCGGUCGCCAUUGUUGCUAUCCUCACCAGUUACCCACCGGCGUACAGCUUGACAUCAGCGUGGCGCUGAUUGGCUAAUCGCUAGACCCCCGGCGUUCAUUGGUCCGUCCAUCGUUUGGACGAGAUAAAUCGCAAAUUCAUUGAAAUAUGCCAGACCAGUAAUGCAAGCCUACUCAGUUGAGUGGGCGGGGUCUAUGGUCUGGAACCAGGCUAGAGUUUUGCUGCAUUUAACUAUAUUUUCAGAUGACUUAUCCCAACUGCAAAAACAGUUAAUUAGGCAUAUGAUUUGAUUCAACACAUCAUUCACUCCAUUCAGCCCACCAUUGUGUCGAUAUCAGCUGCAGCAACAAGUUUAAUCGGGUCCUCCAGUGUGCUUAUUUUUCUGUCUAUUCAUUAUUCUAUGGGCCAUAAGUAUUUAAACCAGCAAGACCUGUAUGCUAAUUGCAUAUUAAACACACAGCAUUGUAGGCUAGACAAAGUCAUACAUGCAACAAUAACUUUGAUCAUCAGUAGCUCAGCUUUUACAUUUUUUCUUUUGUUUUUUUUUCCUUUACACAAAUACCAUUAUAUGCCGUAUACCCCGGUGAAAUGUCAGGAAGGUUUAAACGUAUAAAGAAAUAGAUACCGCCCAAGCCUAGUCACUUCACAAAGUGGUUAGUACCAGUUUGGUGUCUGUAAAUAUUUCUGCGUCCAGCACAAGCUUGAUCCCUAACAGAAAUGACAGACACGGGAUCGCUGUCUCUUUAACAAUCUCAAAAAGUCGGUGGUUAGCAAUAGCACUUUCCGUUGAUAAGCACAACUUCUUGUAGCCAUUAAUACGUUCAAACACAAGCAAAUGAUUUGUGAUGAUGAAUUCACAUAUCUGAUAGGUGUGAUUUAAGGGCGCGUCCCUCCUGUGUAACUAAAUCGUUGGUGAAGUAAUCAAUCUAAUGUAGAUUACGAGCAAAUUAGCAAUGUAUCGAUGGUAUAAUAUGGAUGUCUUCUCAACAAUUACUUGAAAUAACGUAAAGGUUAGCGUUCCUGUGAGCCCCUGCGAUCAUUAGUUUCCUCCUCUGGUCCGUUCUGUAGAUAAAACAAUUAAUUAAAUGGAUGUACUUUUGGAGGUUUUUAAGUGUGCGUAUUUAAAAAAAGAAAACAUGGCUCCAUUGUAUUUGAACUAUAUAUGCAUCAGUGUUGUUAAACCUGGGCCUAUACUCUAUACCCUUGACUCCUGCCAUUGAUAGAUGUACUCUUGUUUUAAAUGUCAUGUUUAAUGUUUAAUUGGUUGAAUCUGAUUAAGUGAUGAAAUGCAAAACCUGUUAAUGAUCUUUUUUUGUUUGUUGUUUUGCUUACAUGUCUUUUAUUGUCAGUGGCAUAUCAUCAGUGGUAUACUUUGGGUUGUUUCUGACUUCCUCGCUGCUUCUUGGCAGACAUAACCUACUAACUCGGAGUUGUUAGUGAGAUGGUGUACUUGCCUACAUUUUGAUUUUUUAAUGAUAAACUCUGUGACACCAGACUACAGUGAGUGCUGUAUGGAUAAGUGAGUAUUGUCCAGUCAAUUUGUUACACAGAAAACCUCUUUUAAUCCCUUGUUUUGACAUUGUAUCUAGAUAUUUGGUUGUCUUUAUGUAUCUGUAUGCAGAGGGGAUCAUAUGAAUCAGCCACUGGGGCAUAACGUAGUGUUAGGUGUUGUAUAACCAAUGCAAGGGUUAUAUUUAUAUCCCCCAACUGUUCCUAGUUUGACCUUAGUGAGUUUUCCAAUGGUGCACACACUUAAAACACUUCAAAACCUCACAACAUGGAAAAAAUAGAAACACGAGGCAGCAAAGUGAGGGGAUACACUGUGUUAGUGGCUGAUACAAGAUGAUCUCUGAGGACCUCUAUUUAGAUCUCAGUGUUGUUAGUCUCCCACUUUGUGUGAUUUACUGAAAAUGUGUAUGAUCAAAUAGUAACAUAUUAAAUAUUGACACUGGCCAGCAUUUAUAAAUAAUGUAUAUAAAUGUAUACCCUUUAUAUUCUAUAUGCAUAUCUAGUUUGUACAAUGUAAAUAGCAAAUUAAAGUUUUAGUCUGAUUAAAAGAUAUAAAUGUAAUCAUUUUCAAAGUGCUUUUAAACCUUUUUGUCCUUCAAUUCAUGUCGAUUUUCUUGUAUCUCUAUAUAUUUUAAUAUGUUGCUGGCAGUUACUGUACUGUAAACAAUGUUGCAAUAAAGAUAAUGCGGUAACUAAAA